UUUAUAAAAAUAUAAUUUUUAGUAAAUAUAAUUUCAAUUUUAGUUUUUCUUGUCGCUCAAGUAGUAAGUACAUACUGAUUUACAGUCUUUUUUUUGUUUCAAAAAGAAAGAAGAGCUUUGUUUUUGAAACGACUCCCGCACUAAGGAAAUAAAUCAUUAGUCAUCAAAAAUAACGUACAAAUCACAUGCACAAAGGCACCCAGACUCAGAACAAGCAUUCGUGGAUUACACAAAUGCUUAUCCUACAAGGGGAUCGAACCCGCGACGCGGCUGAGUUAAAGCUGAGUGGUCCAUAUUGACGGACAUGCAGAGGAUCGCAGUAGUUAGCUAACCUUCUCCACUGAUUUUCAGCCCCUAAGUUCCUUCCACUUUACUAUUAAUAAUAUAUUAAUGAGAAAUAAUAAUUUUAGUAAUAUCAAAAUUUCUAAGUCAACUACCACGAAAUGCGGUGUCAGCCUAACUAUAAAUGAUGGCCAGAACUGGUAUUGGAAAGACAACUUAUGAAUUUCAUAUGAUUCCUCACUAGACCUUCGAUGAAUAAUAUACAUCCACUAAUUAACAUCGCGUGAAGCCAGUGUCGUUGUUUUUUAAAAGCUUGUCCAAAAUUUAGAAGUUUUAAUUUUAGAUUUAUUUUAAAUAAAAUCUGUUCAAACCAUAAGGUCACUGCUACUGCUACAUUUGGGUACGUAAUGAAUGAAAUCAAAGAGCUCGAAUGCAAAACUUAGAUCAGUAUUUUAAUUUCCUGGCAGCUUAUACAAAACGACACAUUAAAGAAGGAAAUGAGAAAUGAUAGAAACGAAAAAAGAACUAGAAUUUUCCUCUUGGAUGAAUUAGAAUAUUUUGAUGAUGAAGACUGAAUUUGUUUUUCUGCAAUUUUUGGUUUGUGUUGUAUUUGUAUUUAGUUUUAUAGCUACUUGUGCUGGUGAAAAUGUGAAGAAAAGUGUUGAUGAGAACAGAGACGAAAAUGGCGAAACUAACGAUGAAUCUAAAGAUGAAUCGUUGGACAUCCCUGUUGAAAGUGAACCCAACAAUAUUACCUGUACACGAAGGCAAAAUAGCCAAAUGCAUGAAAUAAAACCAGCCCAACACAGGCAGUUUCCAUUUAUGGUUGCUAUAAUGUCUCAACAAAAUGAAUAUUUGUGUUCCGGUGCUGUUGUAUCCAAUGGAUUGAUAUUAACAACAGCUAAGUGUACACAACUGCCUGUAAGUUACGUAAUGUUAAAUACGACCACCGAUAAGAAGGACGAUACCACAGUUUCUCUGCAUGUAAUAAAAAGUGAAAGAUUCCCUACUUUCACUGGAAGUGAAUCUUUAAAAGAUGUUGGUGUUGUAUACACAGAGAAACACAAUUCCAGCGUUGCUUCAAAAAUAACUCUCAGUAAUUUCACAAAUCCUCGUCAAAUACUUGAUGUUGUUGGCAUAGGGUUUGGAUUAAAUGCAGACAUCGGGCAAACUAAAGAACUUCAGUUCGUUGGCAUGGAGAAUCGCUCUCCCGAAGAAAUUACAGAAGUUUUGAAAAUAUAUUUUGACUGCGUUGAAACUAAGGUAGUUACCUGUUUCAAAGAUACUGGUGGUCCUGCAGUAUUUAAUAAUGAGCUUAUCGGUAUCAUUAUAAGAGGCCAAGACGAAUGCUCGAAAGAAAUGUCCGCCACGUACGCUGUAAACAAGAGGAUGGUCGAUGUUUUGCCAUCAUACACUUUUAAGGCUUGGCUGGAUGAAAAAAUUAAGAAGAACGACGAGCAAGAACAAGUUGCCUUAGUAGUUUACCCGUCUCCUCCCGCGUUGCGGUCGGACCAUAGUGUGCAUAAAAUGAUGAGUUCUGGGAUACGACUUAUUGCUAUUCCAACACAUGUUUUUACGGGAUGCUUGUGCAUCUUGGCAUGUUAUUGAUAUUUUUCCUAUAUUUUAAAAGUGAAGAAAAUUGUUCGUGAGUUUUCAAUAAAAAAAAUUCAGGUC